AUGGAAGACAUCCUCCUCCCUCAUGUGGUACCCUUCGUGGAGGCUCAUUCUGACAUGACCCUCCAGCAUGACAAUGCCACCAGCCAUGCUGCUUGGAUCUCAUACAGCCCGGAUCUCAAUCCCAUUGAGCACAUCUGGGACCUGUUGGAUCAGAGUGUGGGGGCGAGGGCCAAUUUCUCCAGAAAUGUCCAGGAUCUUGCAGGUGCCUUGGUGGAAGAGUGUGGUAACAUCUCACAGCAAGAACUGAUCAUCAAGAUGCACUCCUUCCUGGAUUACAUCAUGGGAGGCUGUCAGAUCCAGUUUACAGUAGCUAUUGAUUUCACCGCCUCGAACGGGGAUCCUCACAACAGCUGCUCCCUACACUAUAUCCACCCAUACCAGCCUAACGAGUACCUCAAAGCUCUGGUCGCUGUAGGGGAGAUCUGCCAGGAUUACGACAGUGACAAAAUGUUCCCAGCGUUUGGCUUCGGUGCUCAGAUUCCGCCCGACUUCAAGGUUUCUCACGAUUUUGCAGUGAAUUUUAAUGAGGAAAACCCAGAAUGUGCAG